AUGGCGGACUGCGCUCCACUAUUAGAUGAGGAACUCUCGUCCUUUGUCUUCAAUUACCUGACAGAAAACUCCGGCAGCCAGUAUGGGGAGGAGGAGGUGUGUUCGGACCGUUUGGACACUGACUUCCCGGACAUCGACCUAUCCCAGCUGGACACCAGCGACUUCGACAGCGUCAACUGUCUCAGCGAGCUUCAGUGGUGCAACGACCAGCCGGCGGACACGUCGCCGACCUCCAUCCACUACAGUACGCCGGAUGAGCUCUUUGAGAUUGAAGAGGAGAACGCGGCCCUGCUCGCCGCUCUGACCGACAGCUUGGAUGGCAUGGUGGACGCCGAGGUGGGCGGGCUCUCCGUCUUCCCCGCCCUCGGGGGGGAGCCCUGCCAGGAGGACGAAGAGGAGGACAAUCUUCCCCUCAGCGCCGAGGACUUCAGCCAGUCCAUGGGGUCCGAGACGGACGACCCAUCUCUACUGAUGAAGCUCCUGCUGACUCCUCCCAACGUGCCCGCGGCCGUCGACGCACACAAAGACAGAGUCCACGGCCAUCGCUAUAGCAACAGAAGCCUGCACCUUCGGCAGACCAGACCCCUGGUCAAGAGUGACCUCCGUCAGGAGCGGAAGCCCCGAGCGGUGCGUCCCGCGGGCCGCCUGUGCACCGAGCUCCACCGACACCUCACCACCGCCCGGCAGACAGGGGACACUCCGGCCCCGGACACGGAGGAGGACGAAGAGGAAGAAGACGACGAGGACAGUGAUUCGGAGGAGGAUGAAGAAGAUGAGGAAGAAGAAGAAGAAGAGUCUUCCAGCAGCGAGGUGGAGGGCGUGGCGGUCGUGGCCCCCGCAGAGCCGCCGAAGCCUCAGUUCAGCUCGGAGAAAGAACUGCACUCGGUGGUGGAGCUGAUCACCUACAUGCACACCUACUGCCUGCCCACACGCAAGCAGCAGGGCUGGGACCGGAAGGACCGCGACGCCCCGCGGCCCCGGGCCAGACCCGAGGGCCCCCGCACGGCCGCCACAAACUCUCACAGCAGAGUUGUCUUGGUGGCUGCUUCCGGGACUGGCGGGGGCUUAACCGGGCCUAGUGGCCCCCGGAGGCUCCCCUUUGCGAGGCGGAGGGAGAUGAAGGCCAACUCCCUCCUCCGUGAGCUCCUGCAGCAGAGCAGCUCGUACGACGUGAGCAAGCCUUACAGACUGCACAGCCCCCCCUACGCCCACUCUCACAGCCCCAGCAGGGUGUCCGCUCUCACGGCUAAGUCAGCUCAGAACUACUCCCACAGCUCCACCACCCAUAAGCCGGAGCUGCGUAAAGACUCCUCCUCCCACGAGAGGAGAAGCCGCUCCUCUGAGGCUCAGCAAAGCCCCGAUGAGGCGGCAGAGGACGGCGGCUCCUUCUCGGUAAGGCGCUCGCGACGCCUGGCCUCCUUCCCCAGCCGCUUCGCCAAGAGGCUGCGGCCUGGACGGGCGAGGGAAGGGGAGAGGAAGGACAGGGAGGAGAGGGAGGAGGGACGAGGUGGGGUCAAACUCCUGCUAACCCAAGCGGGAGGCGGGACGACGAUGACGGAGACGCAGGCGGAGCAGCGAACGACGAGUUUCAGCACGACGGAGCCGAACAAACCCUGCUGCCACAACGAGAAGCGAGCCUGCCUCUGUCUGACUCUCAACACUAAGUCCACAGGGGAGUCCCAGUUCAGCACCAAGCCUUUCGAGCAGACGCUCAGCGUGGAUCUGUGUGGAACGGCAGGUCUCACCCCUCCCACCACCCCGCCUCACAAACCAGUGGAGGAUGAGCUCUUCAAACCAGCAGAGGGAGGAAAGGGAGGUGAAGGAACAGGUGUCGGCAGCGGCGGCGAUGGCGGAGGAGGUUGCGGCGAGUCAGUUCACUCGGCCUCAAGCACCAACGCCGCCGCCAAGGCCUCGUCCCGGCCGAGCCGCGCCAACCACCAGCGGAAGCUUCCAGAGCAGACGGAGCUGUACGCCCAGCUGCGGCGCAUGGGCCAGGCCGGCGACAGCGACACCCACCGCACGUUCGGCGACCACGACUACUGUGCUCUGAGCCUCGGGGAGAGCCGUAAGCGCAGCGCUGCCAUGCUGGGCGCCAUUCUGCAGGCGCAAGGAGGAGGCGACGGAGUCAGCCUCACCCUCACGCCCAGAGAAGCAGACCAUCAGGUGUCGGAUAGGAACGGGAAGGAGAACGGGGAGAGGCUGGUGUCAAAAAUCGCAGAACAGCUUCAGCAACAGACCAAGGCGUUGAUAUCGUCCUCACCGCUGCCGCCGUCACGCUGCCAGUCGACGGCGGCCACACCCCCGUUCUCGGAGGAAGAGGCGGAGCGUUCGUCUGCGUCCCGCUCACCCUCGCCCAUCCUCCACCUGUGUCCCGACUCCCCCGCCAGCAAGACAGACUCCAGUGAGAACUCUGAGAUCUGUACCGACGACAAGCAGAGGAACAAAGCCAAGUCUGACGAGGACAACUGCCAGGUGUUUUACAUCCACAACCUGCCAACCAGCGUGACCCAGAACAUGCUGAGGAAACGCUUCCAGGUUUUCGGCAAACCCGAGGACUGCAAAGUCAUCAUCUGCAACGAGGAGCGCUGCGGGGUGAUAAAGAUCCGCCAGGCGGGGGUUCAAAAGCACUGGAGAGAACGGGAGACUGUGUUCCAGAAUGGACCUGCAGGUCUCAGGAGGCUGACGAGGAAACGCUACAUAGAUCUUGACGAGGCGGGCCCGGGUCCCGUCAAGAGCAAGUACGAUGCACUGGACUUUGACACUCUGCUGAAGGAGGCCCAGAAGUCCCUGCACCGCUGACGGCACGGCGACCCGGACUGGCCAGCCUUAGUGAACUACAGCAACAACCCUGCAACUACACGGCUCUGCCCUCAGACAGGCCUCUUAGUACCUCCAUGCAAGGCAACCUCGCAAAAUGUUUACAUUUUUACCAAUGGAAUAAAGUAAUGAUAAGGACCUCGUUGUUUUUUUGUUUUGUUUUUGUUUUGUUUUUUAAGUUUCUUUCACCAGAGGAUACUGCUUAAAAACGAGGAAGCCACUGGGAGUUCAGAGACA